AUGGAGCCUCAAGUGCAGAAAUUGCUGGACAAGGUCUGGAAGAGGUUCCAGGAAACACCUCAGGACAAACGCCUGUGCAAAACAACACUAGCCCACACCAUCACAGACAAAACCAACGCCCUCUCCCUCAAAAAUGAACCCUCGUCUCCUCCACCAGCGGCCUUUGUCCCCAUGGACGGCUUCCACCUCACCCGCGCCGCCCUCUCCGCCAUGCCCGACCCAGCCACCGCCCACGCCCGUCGCGGCGCCCCAUUCACUUUCGACGCUCCCAAGUAUCUCACUCUCGUGCAGGCUUUAAGAGAACCCAUUUCGCCUACUGUAACGAUAUUUGCGCCGUCGUUUGAUCACGCCGUGAAGGAUCCCAAGGAGGACGACAUUGCAGUCCUACCGGCCCAUCGAAUUGUUGUCUUAGAAGGGCUAUACCUGACGUUAGACAAGGACGUGUGGCGAGAUGCCGCGGCGUUAUUUGAUGAGCUGUGGUUCGUCGAGGUGGACUUUGAGGUGGCGAGGAAGAGGCUGAGGGAGAGGCAUGUACGAGCGGGCAUUGUGAAGACUGUGGAAGAAGGCGAUAGGAGGGCGAUGGAGAACGAUUUGGUAAAUGGGAGGGAGAUUAUAGACUGCAGGUUGCAGGUUCACGAGUUGGUUCAGAGUCGGGAAGAUGGAAGCUGGGUGCAUGAAUAG